AUGUCGGUCAAGGAGCCCGAGAUUUUAGAAAUAAGGAAGGCAUUGGAGACAUCUGUCGAUAAAGGAACUCAUACAGUCACUGUCGAGCUACUGGAGCAAUUACUUACAAUCAAAGCUACUGAGGACAUACUACGUAGUACUCGCAUUGGAGUAUUCGUAAACGAUGUCAAGAAGAAGGCUACACAAUCAAACCACGCAAAAGUCAUUGAAAAGGCAAAGCAAGUAGUCGACAAAUGGAAGCAAGAUGUUAGUCGAGCAAAGACUAGCACCACGACCUCAUCUUCAUCGUCAUCAGCAACAACCACGGAUUUAAAAGGCAGGAAACUCAGUGUGGAUGUCAAGAGCAGCAACAUCACCAAUAAUACAGAUUCAAAUAAUGGGUCUGGACCUCCUACACCAACACCACACAUAGGAGAACGAUCUUCUGCUACAGACAACGUCAAACUCAAAUCUCUCAAGGAUCAAAUUCGUCAAAAGUGCCUCGAAAUGUUGUAUAAUGCUCUUGUGACUGAUACGACUGUUGAUUCAGACGUUGUUGCAAAGAAGGCUGCUGCAUUAGAAGAAGAAGUAUGGAAUCAAUAUCAAGGAUCAACAAACAAGGAAGUUUACAAGGCGAGAAUACGGACACUGUAUUCAAACCUGAAAAACAAGAGUAACUUUGCGCUGAGAGAAAACGUGUUGAAUGGAUCUGUGAAACCUGAUGCUUUGGCUUCAAUGAGUGUUGCUGAUAUGGCAUCAGAAGAGAGGAAGGCAGAAGAAGAGCGAUACAACAAAGAAGCUAUGCAUUGGGCUGUUGCUGCUGCAGAUACUCGAGCUACUACAGAUCAAUUACCUUGUGGAAAAUGCAGACAACGCAAAACUUCGUAUUUUCAAAAGCAAACUAGGAGUGCUGAUGAACCCAUGACAACCUUUUGUGAAUGUUUGAAUUGUGGUCACCAUUGGAAGGGCUAG